UUGAAACUUGGAUUUCAGUAGAAGAGACGGUGUUCGCGUGAUGUGUUCUGUUAAACCGCAAAUCAGUACAAUAGUGCCAUACAUACCACACAUUGAAGUUCAAUCGCUUGAGAACAAAGAAGCGGAACAAGCAAAGGCAAUGGGUGGAGCAAAACAGUUCGACGUACGCGCAUUGCGAGUAAGACAACGUUUUCUACACGACAUGUGCCUUGCAAACGAUUCAGCUUCUGGUUCGCAGCGGCUCGUCUUCAUUGUCUUUCUACUUUGGAUAUCACCUUUAGGAUUGUCCCAUUGGAUCAUAUACUCUAAUCCCCAGGUGUACAUUUCAGAUUUUAAUACUCAGUACAUAAUAUUUUAG